AUGGAGGCUGAACCAGCGUCCUCUAACAAGUGGCAGCUGGAUAAAUGGCUAAACAAAGUUAAUCCCCACAAGCCGCCUAUUCUGAUCCAAAAUGAAAGCCAGGGGCCAGAGAGCAAUCAAUACUACACUCCAGCGAAAGAGGAAGUGCAGGACUGUGGGAAACUUCCCGACGUUUGCCAAACCAGCCUGAGAGAGAAGGACAUCAAGAGCGCCUGCAAGGAGGAGCAGAGGCCAAGGACAGCGAACAAGGCCCCGGGGAGUAAAGGAGUGAAGCAGAAGUCCCCGCCCGCGGCCGUGGCCGUGGCCGUGACCACCGCUGCCCAGCCGCCCGCCGUGCCGGGUGCGCCCGCCGAGAGCGCGCCCGCGCCCGCCCGGAGGUCUGCGGGAAAGAAGCCCACCAGGCGCACCGAGAGGACCUCCGCCGGCGACAGCACCAACUGCCACCGGCCCGAGGAGCCCGCCGCCGCCGACGCGCUGGGGGCGAGCGCGGUGAUCCCUCCGGAGCCCACCAAAACCAGGCCCUGCGGCAACAGCAGAACGAGCCACCGCAAGGAGCUGCGUUCCUCGGUGACCUGCGAGAAGCGCCGCACGCGCGGGCUUAGCAGGAUCGUCCCCAAAUCCAAGGAGUUCAUAGAGACAGAGUCGUCAUCUUCCUCCUCCUCCUCGGACUCGGACCUGGAGUCGGAGCAGGAGGAGUACCCUCUGUGCAAAGCGCAGGCCGUGGCCGCCGCCGCCGCCGCCGCGGCCUCCUCGGGGAGUGACCAAAGGCUGAAGGAGGCGGCUGGCAGCAUCAGCAGUGGCGGCGGCCCCAGGGCCCCUGCAGGCUCCAUCAACGCCAGGACCACCAGCGACAUUGCCAAGGAGCUGGAGGAGCAGUUCUACACGCUGGUCCCUUUCGGCCGCAACGAACUUCUCUCCCCCUUGAAGGACAGUGAUGAGGUCAGGUCUCUCUGGGUCAAAAUUGACCUGACCCUCCUGUCCAGAAUCCCAGAACACCUGCCCCAGGAGCCCGGGGUCUUGAAUGCCCCUGCAGCCAAGGACGCUGAGAGCACACAGCCAAGCCAUCCAUCCGACACUCCUGCCGAGAAGGCUUUGCCAAAAUCCAAGAGGAAACGCAAGGGAGGAGAGCACCAGCCUGCAGCCUUGACCAAGGAGAACUCUGUGGUGGAGAGGGGCUGGGAACAGGACCCUGAGGAGGACGAGCAUGAGCAAUCAGAGCUAGGGAUGAUGUGGCACCCAAAAAAGGGCAACAGGGUGCGCCAGGAAGGCAUGGAGACACGCUCAUGCUCCCGGGGCCCGUUUCUCUCUUUCCGCCGCAGUUACCGCUGCCUGGCUCUGCUGUACUGGCGGAUGUUUCGACUCAAAAGGGACCACGCUGUCAAGUAUUCAAAAGCACUUAUCGACUAUUUCAAGAAUUCAUCUAAAGCUGCCCAAGCCCCAUCUCCAUGGGGAGCCAGUGGAAAGAGCACUGGAACCCCAUCCCCCAUGUCUCCCAACCCCUCCCCGACCAGCUCCGUGGGAUCUCAGGGGAGCCUCUCCAACGCCAACGCCCUGUCCCCUUCAACCAUCGUCAGCAUCCCACAGCGCAUCCACCAGAUGGCAGCCAAUCACGUCAGCAUCACCAACAGCAUUCUCCACAGCUAUGACUACUGGGAGAUGGCAGACAACCUGGCCAAGGAAAACAGAGAAUUCUUCAACGACCUGGAUUUGCUCAUGGGGCCUGUCACCCUGCACAGCAGCAUGGAGCAUCUGGUCCAGUACUCCCAGCAGGGCCUGCACUGGCUGCGGAACAGCACCCACCUGUCAUAGGGACCUUGCCCGUGAGCUGGAUUGUGCUCUCGUCUCCACGGAUGGCUCAAUGUUUCUGGACACUGUGCUACUGAAGUCCCCGGCCACAGCAUUUCCCAAACUGUGGUGAAUAUUUCCUCAGCAUCGAACAAUGGUCUUUUCCCAGGGCGUGUGUGUGUGUGGGUGUGGGUGUGUGUGUGUGUGUUCAUGAAGCUGCCUGUAUGUGUGCAAGAUACACAGCUCUCUAGAACACACUUUCUUUGUCUAGUUUCAUAAUCCCAAGCUAGACAAAGUGAUCAGAGGUUUCUGAUUAGAGAAUAUACCCUUACACACACACACACACACACACACUUUCUGUUUCAAAGCUAAACCAUGACUUCUUAGAACAUUCAACCAAAAUCUCAUGGGUUAGUUAACCAGGUGCAAUACAGCACACCAAAAGCUUGACUGCCAGUUAAGAUGAACCUAGUUCUUAUAUUAUUGAUUACUUUCAGUAUUAAUAUACUAUUUCCCAAUUAAUUUUUGAUUGUGUGUAUUAAUGGGUAAUUGAAUAAUGAAAAGAAGUCAGUUAUUUUUGUGCUGGACUUUUACUAGAUUGCAUGUGACCAAGUACCUUGCCUUUUGUCUACUCCUCACCCCUUCCAUCCAACUUUGUUAUCAACUAAAGGCAUUAUGAGCAAAUGGAUCAAAUCCCACAGGCCUGCCCUGCCCUGCCCCCAAAAGAAUAUGAACAUGGCACUGAGGUUUGGUAAAAAGUCAGUGUCUUUGCAAGCUAACCAACACUAAGAGACAACUGAGCUCAGUCAAGAAUUGCAAGUUUCCACUCGUGCCACGACAAGCCCACCCAGCACAUGUGUUGUUUCUUCCUGCCACUGUGACACGGUGGCCACAGAGCCCCGGGGCGUUUGUCAGCCAAUAUUUUUCAAGUCUUUUCUCUCUGCGAUAGCUCUCUUACAAAUGUUCUAGGCCAAAUUAGGACAUUCCCUAGAAUGUCUCUUCACUAGGAGUCUGUAUCUGCUGCUUCUCGGGCUGAGAACUAUUCACUAUCAUGAGACUGUCUAAUCCUCUCACUCUUCGUGCAGAACGGCAGGCCUUUAAUGCAUUUCGAUCUGGGGGCUGUGUUUCAGGCUUUGAUUAGCAACAGGGUAAGUUAUUUUUGCAAGGACCGCAAAUCUGUUUGCGGUAGCAAUGACCAGAACAUCAUAUGCUUCCAUCCCGCGUGUCUGGUAUGUUUACGUCUUGUCCUUGAUUCUUUUUCUUUUCUUUUUUUUUAAAUGAAGUUUACAUUUUAGUUUUUUGAUGUCUUGUUUACAGUUUUUGUCUGAAACUUACUUCUUUUAUAGUCUCUUAUUGUGCCCUAGAUUUAGUCUUCUUGUAAAAUAUACUUGGAUAUAAAAAAUACUGGUAAAAAAGAAAAAUUCCUACAAAAGAGGAUAGACCUUGCCAUAUCCUUAAAAACAAAAAUAAUGCCUUUGAAGCCUCUCACUUGACAGAAUUGUACCAGGAUGGUCUGAGAAAGACAGGGGAAUGCCAUAUGUGGAACGCUCCAUUUUCCAAGGUGAUGGUGGCACAAAACAUUUAUAAAAGAUAGUGAUAUAUGCUUUCCCUGACGCUCUUACUGGUUUGGUUGUAAUGUUCACAUUGUUGUCACCUGACCUGUAGGUGGGAAAUAAGACUGCUAUAAUUCUAAGCGCUGAUUCAAAAGGAUUGAGCAACUUCAGUGAUUUGAAAUGAAUCGAAAGUGAAGGGUUCAAAGGGAAAUGAAGCCAGUGAAGGAUUUGUGAAAUUUGCAUUUGGCUUCAGCCCUGAAGCUUCUGGAAAUAUUACCAGUAUUUCCAUUUUACAUUUAUCCAACUGAGGUGCUCCUCAAACCCCUUUCAUGAGUUGUUGGCAGAGUUCAUGAGCCCAUCCUAUGUUGGAAAUUUGAGUCUAAUUUAGGAUUUUUAUUUUAUUUUAUUUUAUUUUGGAGGACAGAGGCUUAGUUCUACUUCCUCUUGCUAAAUUCUGAUGAAAUGUUGAAACGCUUACGUAAAGGGAUGAUGAGCCUCAGGGUCCGCAUCAUGUAUCCCCUGCCCAUCCUUAAAGUCAUAGGUCUUGUGGGAGCCCCACGGUGGCUUACCCACAAAACCCCAUGUAAACACACAGGUGGCCCCUGGCUGAUUGUGCCCACAGCAUUUUAUCAGCACUUAGGUGGCCCGUGUUUCCCAACAAAACUUGGAACUGGUCAUUUUGUGGAUGGUCAGUGCGUGCAGGGUCCUCUCCCUGUCUUUGAUCUCAUCAGUAGACCCUGUGAGGGCAGCAGUUUCUGUUUGCUUUGGCAGAGGUGAUUUUGGUAAGGAACCAUCUUCUGAUUGUUGUUUGUGAAAGUCAUUCAUAACUUGUUCCUUUUCUUUAGCUUUGUUCAAAGUAGAAAUACCUUUCUUGUGUUUUUGGAUUAUAAAAGUAAUACAUGCUCAUUGUAAAGAUUCAAACAAGACAGCGAUGUAUAAAGUAGAAAGUAGUAAGUCCUAUCCCCCGAAGACAACCACUGCUCACAGUUUCAUGUAGAUUCUUCUAGAGAUUCUCCCAUUUAAACAUAUAAUGUCUAUUAUCGUUUUUUCCUAUUUGAAGAUAUAUUAUUUCCUCAGAAGUUCAACACAAGUUCAACUGACCUUAUCCUUCCAUGACCUGAGUGGAUGCCUUCCUUUAUCACAAUGUUAGCGUUACCUUUGAAAGAAAGUGACCCAAAUAUAUUCCUGAUCAAAAUUUGGGAUUUAUUACUACUAUCUACACAGAUCAGACUUAUGUGCAGGAUUGUGCCUGGAAAGAGAGGUUUGGUUAAAACAGAUAUUUCUGGAAACAUUCAAAUUGCAAAUGGAAACUCGGACCUACUAUCUAAAGAAGAAUGUACUGGAAAAAUAAUCUGAAGAGUUGACAAAUUGUGUACUAGAUUGAACACAUGGAAUGCAAUGCAAUGAGAUUUUCUGCACUAAAACUUACCCUAGUAUGUAAAACAAUGAUGUGUGUAUUAUAUAACAGUGAUGUGUACAUUUCUGACAUCCCAUACAUAAUAUACACAGUUUGUAUAAAUGCAUACAUUUAAAAAUAUAUAUGUACGAUACAGCUAACAUAAAACUGUAGUAUGCCUGAAGGAUAUUCCUAGUGCCUAACAUUGAGUAUAAGUCACUGCGUGUUCACAUCACCUUGGAAGUGCAGUAAUUGUUACAAACUUAAUCAGUGCAGCCAACAUUAUUUAUGAAUCACAUCUUUGAAACUGUGCAGUAGUAUAUACAUAUAUAUUUUUAAAUAACAUUUUUCACAGUUUUCCAGAGUUACUGUUGAAAUCUGUAUCACCAAAAAAAAAAAAGCAAGAUUUUUUUAAUGAUGUAGAAACUCUUCAGACCCAGUAAUCUGUGUGUGAUUUCCUGUUUGUAGAUACCCAAGAGACUUUAGCAGUCACCAGCCUUAAAGCAUGUACAGGAUAUUAUUGUGACUUAAUUUAUCUGCAGUUUUUAAUCCAUGUGAAAUUGGAAUUUAUAAACUGACUUGGAUUAAAUAUGUCUGCCUUUCUAAGGUUGCAAAUGUUACAUUAAAUGAUUUAUGUUGUAAACGAGAGAAACCGAGUUGUAUGUAAAAAAAAAAAAAAUGUCCACCAAUUUCUGUGAAUAUUUUUACAAGGAAACUUCAGAAUCAAAAUACGUUCAAAUAAGUAUUUGGGUCCCCGGUUCAAAAUCUCUUCAGAAACAACCCUGUUGUUUCAUGAAUUUCUUAAAUGUAGCUCCCACGAAUUAUCAUUACUAGGUCUGAUAUUUUCCAAGGGCAAGACAGAAGUAUGUUUUUCUUCAUUACUACUUGUACAGAAGGACACAGCCCAGUGUCCCAGAAAAUGCUGAAUAGGAAGCUUGAGUAGUUCACUGAUGCCGGUCCCACAGGUAGUCCUGGGACACUGGGGCACUGUUUUACUCAACAUUCCUUAAUAACACAAGUUAAUUCCCUAAGUUAUAUGUGCCAGGUUCUUUCAACUCAAACCAAAACAUGGUGGAAUAAUAAUGCUCACAAAUAUUUGGUUGAACCAAAUAAGAGAACUUUGAACUAAUGAAGAUGGAAAUAUUAGAACAGCAGCUUGCCAUUAUCUGUCCCCCUGCGUGGGAGGGUUUUUUGUUUAUCUUAUUCUUACUCUUCUCUCACAACUUUUGCAGUCCAUUCCUUCCCAAAGAAGCAGAAACGGCAACAAAAACAGAACGAUGUCUCUACCUUAUCCAGCCCAUACCCUUAGGUUCAAGUUGCCUUGUCAUGCAGCAGGACCCUAGCUCGGCACCACCAUGGAGACCACCUCAUCCCAGAGGUGGCCAGGACAGGGCACUGGCCUUGCUCACUCCAGGGACCUUGAUGCUCUUUUCAGAAGUGGUUUGGCCUAAGAAACACUCAACAGUCUACAGUUUGCCUGCUGUUAAAGUCUGUUGUAAUCAGAAUCAUAUUUUUAAGAAGUAACACAUUUUCAAUGAAACAUGGAUCAACUGGAGUCUUGAAAGACACUUUUUUAAUGAAAGAAAGAAAACUUAACAACAUAAACUGCAUUUCCAGCAAUUUUCCAAGCACAGUUUUCGAUAUCCCAGCUUCCCAGCAAACAGAACAAGAAAUGUUCAGACUUGAGAUUUGUGUUCUCUUUGUCCAAACUGAAUUACUCUGUAUAUGUCAUCCGAGGGGUCAGCUUGUUUGUGUGGCAUGAGGAAAAUUACAAAACUCUGUUCUCAAACUAAUUACAUCUGGCCACAGUUUUGGUUUUUAUGAUUUAAUUGGCAUUCUGAGGCACCAGGGGGUAAUUUGGGGCAGGCUCCAAGGGCACUUAGAUUCACAGCUCUUACAGUAAUGGGAAUCAGGGGAUUAAAUCCCUACAUGUUACUUUGAACAUCCACUUCUUAGAGCCAGUUUUAAACACACUGAUCUGAGGGAUGAAUUCAAAGUACUAAUUGCAAGUCGACACGAGGAUCAGCAUUUGUCUUUAAGCAUCAGGAAGUAAUGAUGGGGCCUGAAAGGCUGAAUCAAGGACUUGUUUUCCACUCAUUUCUGACAUAGAAGUUCAUCAGAAAAUAUUUAUAUCCAAAGAUGAUGUAAAAUAGUACCAUUGUUUAGGAUUUUCAAACAGUGCUGUUUGCUGAUAAAAAUAAUCACAAUAUUCAGCUCCCUGUUCUUCAGCACUUCUUUUCAGUUUUCCAUAAGACAAAACUGACUUUUUCCCCAGUGUUUAUCAUCUCUUGAUUUCUAGAUGUCCACAUGAGCAAAGAGAACAUACUUAACGCUGAGAAAUAUGCACUACUUGACUGAACAGCAUUCUACCCACAGUAGCCAAAGGUAUAUGACUUCUUAAAGAACACUCUUUGAGUCUUCUCUGUUACCUUCAUCCUCCAAAGUGAGAGAUCACAAAGCCUCAAGUAUGGCCAUGUAGGUGAGAUGUCAAAAAUUCUAAGUAUAUAACAUCUAAUCUUUAGUGAUAGAUGCCUUCAGAGCAUCACCAGCUGUCUCUGGGGCCUAUCUGUGUAGUGAAAUAACGAUAUUAAAUCUUUCCUUUGAGUAAUCCACAAUCUGAGUAUUAAUCCCCUGCAGUUCCCAGGGCUGCCAACUCAACCCAAAAUGUCCUUCUCUGUGAACUGGGUUGAUUUUGUUGUUCCUUUGGGGGCUUCGCCCUUCUAAGUUCUAUAAGUCAGGUUUAGUAUCUUGACUUUUUAGAAGAAGAGUUAUUAGAGACAGUGGGAGCUUUAAGGAAACAAGGAUUCAAUAUGAGAACUCAUGGAUGUUGGGAUGAGAAGUCAGGAAAGUAACUGGGGUACCUACCCAAACAUUCCCCUCCAUUGCCUGCUGCACCUGAUCCUUGAAUAAAGCUCCUCUGCAUACUGCAAUUUCCUCUAUGUGAAAUGUAACUCAGAAUACCCAUAACCUCAGACAGAGUGUGAGGAUCAACAGAUUCGGGCAAGCGUUUUGAGAUUCCCAGUUGUCACAUUCAGCAGGUUGUCACAAUGCAUGAUUGUCAGAACAGAGGCAACAGAAAUAUAUCUACAGGCACCAAGACACAAAGGUGUGUGAUGCGUGGCAUGGUACUCUGUCCCCCCUGAAGAGGUUCUAGAGGACCAAGAGGAUGGCUCCGUAAGAUUCUUCAGCCUUUAUUGUUACCAUUUUGAGUCCUCCUGCCUGUAGGCAGAGGAAGACCAAUGAGGGGGUGGAGGUGGGGGGGAUCUGUCCUUGCCAAGAGGAGCAAGGCUGCCAAGUACCCCAUCCAGUUGGUGGUACAGCCCCACCCCCCUCUUUCUCAUCCAGUCCUGACCUUAAGAAAUCAGGGGGUGUCAGAUGGAAAUUGGAAGAAGGAACAUUGGGUCCAAGUUUCCAGUGUGCCAUCUUCCAUGAGAAAAUAACUUGCCUAUUGAACACCAUACUUCAAAAAUCUUCAUAGACCCAGAGAACACAGCACAGUCUUGUUUUGCAUGCUCUCAUGGCUUUUCUUUGAGGCUGAGUUCCAAGAUGGGGAUCUUGUGCCUUUGAUGGUUUGUUUGUAUGUUUGUUUGGGGCCAGGAGGUGUAGGACAGCUAAUCCGGGACAUUUGUCCCUGAGAAAGGAGAUCUGUCGCAAGGGACUUGGGUAUGUCAUGAGCUUCAGGAAAGAGGAGACCUCUCUUGAGAGAAUAGAUAGAUUUUUUCUCUAGUGGGUUAGGUUGCCUCAACAUGAUCACUUAAUUGCAGGCUACACCUUAGUCAGUGUACCAGGAGAGAGAAAAAUCAACAUAAGAACUUAGUGAUUUUUGUGAUGCCCACCUAGACAUUUGUACAUUCUAGCCCCAAACAUUGAAACAAAAACUGGAAAUCUGACCAAUAAUCUGAAUGUUUCAUACCACCGAGAUCAAGGCCCUAACUGUUGGAUUGAAGUUUUGAGCUUUUAUCUAAAAUUUAUAGUAUUUAGACACGGCCCUUCCUUGUGUCCCUAAAUCAGAGCUUUGAUGUCAUCAAAAUAAUCAUGAGAUACUCAUUCUAAAGGGCCUUUUCUUUUCAUACUCACUGGAAAAUCCCUAGCCUUUCUCCAGUACAAAGGAGCAGGGGCUUAAGGUCUUGCAAGAUCCAUCCUCAUUUAGGCCCAAAUUGACACUAACACCCUUUCCACAAGAGCAUAACACCUUAUCCUGUGUGAAUUCUGAGUUUUUAGGUAAAAAAAAUUCUAGAAUGGCAACAGGUUUAUUAGCAUGAGGAGGUGUCGAUACACUAGCUAGACUCUUGGAUGUCACAUUUUCGCAGGCAGGAUGUUAUAGAACAGACGCUCCUACCACAGCAUAAUAAACAGUUGCUUACUCUACAGUUCCAUGGGAUCAAGUUGAAAGUCACUCCCAUGUAAGUUUGCCUCAAUCGGAGCAGGGAUUUAAAAUUCCACCAUUUUAUACUGUAUCAUUUUGGAUGUUUAUUUAUGGAGCCGCAACUCUAAUUCAAUAUUCCUGCACAGCGUGUCACAGCAAACAACUUUUCAAAUUCUGCAUCUCGGUCUCAGGAAAGCCGUCAGCAACUUGGGAACCUGCUUACGUCCCGCGAGACUUUUCCACUGAUCCAGUUUUAGCAGCCACAAAACCAGAUUACAGAGCCUUCACCUCCUCUUCUAGGAAUUGGUCUUACAAUUGUUUCCAGGACUGAAGAGGAUUUUAAGUAGAACAAUUCUGUACAGUAAUUUAUGCUGUAAAAAUGUACCCAUUGUAGUAUUGAUUAAAGUGCUGUAUUUAUAAGGUUGAUUACUAUUUUCAUUUGUGUCUAGUCAUUCAAUAUUAAAAUAGCUUAAGUUCA